CCCAGCGACCUGGCCCCUCCGAGCGGGCCGCGGUUGCAGGUCCCGGCCCGGCGCCAUGGAGCGGCGCUGGCCCCUGGGGCUCGCGCUCCUGCUGCUGCUGUGCGCGCCGCUGACCCCGGGGGCGCGCGCCAAGGAAGUCACUCUGAUGGACACGAGUACAGCACAGGAAGAGCUGGGCUGGCUGCUGGAUCCCCCAGAGGACGGGUGGAGUGAGGUGCAGCAGAUUCUGAAUGGGACGCCGCUGUACAUGUACCAGGACUGCCCAUUGCAGGAAGGUGGAGACACUGACCACUGGCUUCGCUCCAACUGGAUCUACCGCGGGGAGGAGGCGUCCCGGGUCCACGUGGAGCUGCAGUUCACUGUGCGCGACUGCAAGAGUUUCCCUGGGGGCGCCAGGCCGCCGGGCUGCAAGGAGACCUUCAACCUCCUGUACAUGGAGAGUGACCAGGACGUGGGCAUUCAGCUCCGACGGCCCUUGUUCCAGAAGGUAACCACAGUGGCUGCAGACCAGAGCUUUACCAUUCGAGACCUGGCAUCUGGAGCUGUGAAACUGAAUGUGGAGCGCUGCUCCUUGGGCCGCCUGACCCACCGCGGCCUCUACCUCGCUUUCCACAACCCGGGUGCCUGUGUAGCCCUGGUGUCUGUACGGGUGUUCUACCAGCGCUGUCCUGAGGUUGUGCACAGCUUGGCCCGAUUCCCUGACACUCUCCCUGGACCUGGCGGGUUGGAAGAAGUGGCAGGAACCUGCUUGCCUCAUGCCCAAGCCAGCACCAGCCCCUCAGGUGCACCCCGUAUGCACUGCAGCCCCGAUGGUGAAUGGUUGGUGCCAGUGGGGCAGUGCCACUGUGAACCUGGCUACGAGGAAGGCAGCAGCAGUGGAGGAUGCCUUGCCUGUACUAGCGGCUCCUACAGGGCAGACAUGGAUACACCCCAUUGCCUCAAGUGCCCCCAACACAGUGCAGCUGAGGCUGAGGGGGCCACCAUCUGCAUGUGUGAGAGUGGCCAUCACCGAGCCCCUGGGGAGGGCCCCCAGGCUGCAUGCACACGUCCUCCCUCCAUCCCCCGAAACUUGAGCUUCUCUGUUUCGGGGACUCAGCUCUCCCUGCGCUGGGAACCCCCAGCAGAUAUGGGGGGGCGCCAGGAUGUGAGGUACAGUGUGAGGUGUUCCCAGUGUCGGGGAGCAGUGCUGGAUGGGGACCCCUGCCAGCCCUGUGGGGGAAGUGUGCGCUUCUCCCCAGGGGCCAGUGGGCUCACCACGCGUGCUGUGCGAGUCGAUGGCCUUGAACCCUAUGCCAACUAUACCUUCAACGUUGAAGCCCAAAAUGGAGUGUCGGGGCUGGGCACCUCCAAGCACGCCAGCGCCUCGCUCAGCAUCAGCAUGGGGCACGCAGAGUCACUGUCAGGCCUGACUCUGAGGCUGGUGAAAAAGGAGCCCCGGCAGCUGGAGCUGACCUGGGCAGGGGCCCGGCUCCGCAGCCCCGGGGGAAACCUGACCUACGAGCUGCACGUGUUGAACCAGGAUGAAGAACGGUACCAGAUGGUUCUAGAACCCAGGGUCUUGCUGACCGAACUGCAGCCAGACACCACAUACAUCGUCAGAGUCCGAAUGUUGACCCCACUGGGUCCUGGCCCUUUCUCCCCUGACCAUGAGUUUCGGACCAGCCCACCAGCCUCCGUCAUCUCUGUGGACUCUGAACCCCCCAGACUUCUUCAUCCCUGUGCAACAGUUUCCAGGGGCCUGACUGGAGGAGAGAUCGUGGCCAUCAUCUUCGGGUUGCUGCUGGGUGUAGCUCUGCUGCUCGGGAUCCUUGUGUUCCGUUCCAGGAAAGCUCAGCGGCAACGGCAACAGAGGCCACGUGAUCGUGUCGCUGACGUGGACCGAGAGGACAAGCUAUGGUUGAAGCCUUAUGUGGACCUCCAAGCAUACGAGGACCCUGCCCAGGGAGCCCUGGACUUCACCCAGGAGCUUGACCCAGCCUGGCUGAUUGUGGACACUGUCAUAGGGGAAGGAGAGUUUGGGGAAGUGUAUCGAGGGACCCUUAGAAUCCCCAGCCAAAACUGCAAGACUGUGGCCAUUAAGACUUUGAAAGACACAUCUCCAGAUGGCCAGUGGUGGAACUUCCUCCGUGAGGCAACCAUCCUGGGCCAGUUCAAUCACCCACACAUUCUGCACCUGGAAGGUGUCAUCACAAAGAGAAAACCCAUCAUGAUCAUCACAGAGUUUAUGGAGAAUGGAGCCCUGGACGCCUUCCUGAGGGAGCGGGAGGACCAGCUGGCCCCUGGGCAACUGGUGGCCAUGCUGCAGGGCAUUGCAUCUGGUAUGAACUACCUCAGUGACCACAAUUAUGUCCACCGGGACCUGGCCGCCAGGAACAUCUUAGUAGGUCAGAACCUGUGCUGCAAGGUGUCUGACUUUGGCCUGACCCGCCUCCUGGACAACUUUGAUGGCACCUAUGAAACCCAGGGAGGAAAGAUCCCCAUCCGUUGGACAGCCCCUGAAGCCAUCGCCCAUCGGAUCUUCACCACGGCCAGUGAUGUGUGGAGCUUUGGGAUUGUGAUGUGGGAGGUGCUGAGCUUUGGGGACAAGCCCUACGGGGAGAUGAGCAAUCAGGAGGUAAUGAAAAGCAUUGAGGAGGGGUACCGGCUGCCCCCUCCCCUGGACUGCCCUGCCGCGCUCUAUGAACUCAUGAAGAACUGCUGGGCCUACGAUCAUGCCCGCCGGCCCCACUUCCACCAUCUGAAAGCACAUCUGGAGCAGUUGCUUGCCAACCCCCACUCUCUGCGGACCAUUGCCAACUUUGAUCCCAGGGUGACCCUCCGGCUUCCCAGCUUGAGUGGCUCAGAUGGGAUUCCUUAUCGAAGUGUCCCUGAGUGGCUGGAGUCUAUACGAAUGAAACGCUACAUCCUGCACUUCCAUUCGGCUGGGUUGGACACCAUGGAGUGUGUGCUGGAGCUGACGGCCGAGGACCUGGCACAGAUGGGGAUCACACUGCCGGGACACCAGAAGCGCAUUCUUUGCAGUAUUCAGGGUUUCAAGGACUGAGGCCUCCUCUCACCCCACCCUAUCCUCGGGGAGCAAGGAUGGGGCCAAGGCCACUCAUUAUGCCCCGGCCCUGCCCUCCCCUUCCCCCAGAUGGAGGCCUUUGGUGCUGCUUCACCCAGCCUUCCCUGAGAGAGGUGCCUUUCAGCCUGGAGCCUAUUUUAAAAAGGGAGGUGGGGGUAGAAGUAAAAAAGGUAAUUGGGGGAGGGAG